AUGGGUAGUGUCGCGGAAAAGAAGGAGUACGACGUAAUCCUUGCUGGUGGUGGCACGGCAGCGUGCAUUAUUGCUGGCCGGCUUGCGGAAGCAGAUCCCAGCCUGUCAAUCUUGGUAGUUGAGCAGGGCCCAAAUAACUUGAACGACUCGACCAUUGUCACACCUGCUGUUUACCUUUCUCACCUGCAGCCAACAUCCAAGAAGACUAUAUUUUACAAGUCGAACAGGGAAGAGGCCUUGAAUGGGCGCGAGGCCGUUGUCCCUGCCGGCGGUGUCCUCGGCGGGGGCUCUUCCAUCAACUUUAUGAUGUACACUAGAGCACAGGGAUGCGACUAUGAUUCUUGGAAUACCAAAGGCUGGGACGCUAAAAGCUUGUUGCCCUUUGCCAAGAAGCUCGAGACGUAUCAUUAUGAUAGCCCCGGCGUCAACAAAGAGCUCCACGGCUACGACGGGCCCAUAAACGUCUCAUCUGGCACGCAUGUAGCAAAUACCGCCCAGGAUGAUAUUAUUGAGGCUGCCAAGGCUACAGGUGAGCAAGAGGUUGACGACUUGCAGGAUUUCGAGGCUUCCAAUGGCUUCUCCCGAUGGCUGCGGUAUAUUUGUCCCCGUGGUGCACGCCAAGAUACGGCUCACAGAUACGUCCAUCCGCUGAUGGCAUCGGGAAACUAUCCCCAUCUUCAUCUUCUCGUGGAGAGUACUGUGACCCGCGUCAUUUUCGAUGGCAACCGUGCCACGGGCGUCGAAUACCGAGCCACGACCGCCGCUACUGGCGAACAAGGAAAAACGUAUACUGUCAAGGCAAAGAAGUUGGUUGUCGUAUCCGCCGGCGCUCUGGGCACGCCUCAAAUUCUAGAGCGAUCCGGCGUUGGCAGCGCGGCAAUUUUGGAUAAACUAGGCAUCCCCGUCGUGUCGGACUUGCCUGGAGUCGGCGAGGAGUAUCAGGACCAUAACUUGAUCGGGUACCCUUACAAGACCACUCUUGCGCCCGACCAAACUCUCGACGGCCUCAACAGCGGACGACUGGACUUUGCAAAAGCCCUCGAGGAAAAGAAUCCCAUCUUGGGCUGGAAUGGCAUCGACGUGGCUGCCAAAAUUCGCCCUACCGAAGCCGAAGUUGCCGAGCUCGGGCCGGAUUUCCAACAGCUCUGGGACCGCGACUUCAAGAAGCAGACCGACAGGCCUCUGAUGCUCAUGGCGGCGGUGAACUACUCCUUUGACCCCGAGACGACGUCAGACGCGGGCGGCGGUCCGCGCCAGUGCAUCAACAUGUGUUGCUACACGGCUUAUCCCUACUCUCGGGGAAACAUUCACAUCACCUCCAAGGACCCGGCGGCGCCUCCUUCCUUCAACACGGGGUUCUUGUCCCAUCCUGCCGAUUUGAAGAAGCUGCUGUGGGCGUACAAGAAGCAGCGCGAAAUCUUUCGCCGCACAAACUGCUACGACGGCGAGAUGGCGGUUGGACACCCGCAGUUCCGCGAGGGCAGCAAAGCCGCUCUUUCUGACAAGAAGCCCGCCGACGGAUUGUUUGCCUCUCUGGAGGACAGACGCAGGCUGCCACCGAUUGAGUACGAUGCCGAGGAUGAUGCCGCAAUCGAGGACUGGAUCCGAGGACACAUGAAUACGACGUGGCAUUCGUUGGGGACGUGCAAGAUGGCUCCAAGGGAAAACAAGGGCGUGGUGGAUGAAAACUUGAAUGUCUAUGGAACGGAGGGACUGAAGCUUGCUGAUUUGUCAAUUUGUCCUGAGAAUGUGGGCGCGAACACGAAUAAUACGGCGCUCAUCGUUGGUGAGAAGGCUGCCUGGAUCAUUGGAAGGGAAUUGGGUCUCUCAAUUUCUCCGUGA